AGAAGCGUUACAUAGCCGCAUUGACUAAGUACUCACUGUAUCUCUCUAUUCUCCCAAAAAAUAACAAAAAAAUCACAUAAAUUAUUCUCUUGGAGAGACUUGAAUCCCUCUCCGAUGUUUAUAUAUAUUUUCUGUGGAUAAACUCUUCUCCAUCACACUGAAUUGACACCCUUAUCCAUUGAAUGCACCAUCAAUGCGCCAUGAGAAACAGCUUCAAGAAGACCAUGUUCGGGGCUCGUUCUUCUCUGAGGGUUUUUAUAUCAAGUACCAUCUACUCACAUCAUUCACGUAAAAUUUGUAGCUUUUCGCAGGACCAUGAUCCGGGUUCGUGGGAAUCAAUGGAGGGUCUUCUUCGUUGCCCUGCGAAUUUCGUUCCUCUGUCUCCCAUCAGCUUCCUAGAGAGAGCAGCGAAGGUUUGCAGAGACAGAACCUCGCUUGUGUAUGGUUCUUUGGAGUAUAACUGGGGUGAGACCCAUCAACGGUGCUUGAAACUCGCUUCUGCUAUUACCCACUUGGGGAUUUCACGUGGGGAUGUGGUUGCCACCCUAUCACCUAAUGUCCCUGCCAUGUAUGAGCUACAUUUUGCUGUCCCAAUGGCUGGAGCCAUUCUUUGCACCCUUAACUCACGCUUAGAUGCGGCUAUAGUUUCAGUCCUUCUUGAGCAUUCACAAGCCAAGGUCCUUUUUGUAGACUAUCAACUACUUGAAAUUGCACGAGGAGCAUUGGACCUGUUAGGCAAAAAAGCUAGAGAAUUGCCAAUUUUAGUUCUAAUUGCCGACAAUGAUUGCACAUCUCACAUUGACAUUACUUCAGUUAGUUAUGAGUAUGAAAGGCUACUGGCUGAUGGGCAUAAUGGUUUUGACAUAGUGAGACCCCAUUGCGAAUUGGAUCCUAUAAGUAUAAAUUACACCUCUGGUACCACAUCUAGGCCUAAAGGAGUAGUCUUCAGUCACAGGGGUGCUUAUCUUAACUCUCUAGCAACGGUUUUGCUCUUUAGAAUGGAUCUUUUUCCUGUUUAUCUUUGGAAUGUUCCAAUGUUCCACUGCAACGGGUGGUGCCUCCCUUGGGGAGUGGCAUCACAAUUUGGGACCAAUGUUUGUGUUAGGAAGGUCACUCCAAAGAACAUUUUUGACAAUAUAGCUCAGCAUAAGGUGACACACAUGGCAGGAGCACCAACAGUGCUUAACAUGAUUGUGAACUCUGCAUUGACUGAUCGAAAGCCACUCAAUCACAAGGUGGAGGUGAUGACAGGAGGUUCGCCUCCGCCACCACAAAUUCUUGCCAAGAUGGAGGAGAUUGGCUUUAACAUCUCUCACCUUUAUGGCCUCACAGAAACAUAUGGUCCAGGAACUUUCUGUGCAUGGAGACCUGAGUGGGACUUGUUGCCCCAUGAAGAGAGAUCAAAGAUGAAAGCAAGGCAAGGGGUGCCCCAUGUGGCUUUGGAGGAAAUUGAUGUGAAAGAUCCUUCCACAAUGGAAAGUGUUCCAUCUGAUGGCAAAACAAUGGGGGAGGUAAUGUUUAGAGGGAAUACAGUGAUGAGUGGAUAUUUGAGAGAUUUGAAAGCAACAAAAGAAGCUUUCAAAGAUGGGUGGUUUCAUAGUGGGGAUCUAGCUGUGAAACAUUCUGAUGGUUACAUAGAAAUCAAGGACAGGUUGAAGGACAUAGUAGUCUCCGGGGGAGAGAAUAUUAGCUCGGUUGAGGUAGAAACAGUUUUGUAUAGCCAUCCAGCGGUUCUUGAAGCUGCAGUUGUUGCAAAGCCUGAUGAUCAUUGGGGCCAAACUCCUUGUGCUUUUGUGAAGUUGAAAGAGGGGUUUGAUUUAGAUGCUCUAGAAAUAAUCAACUUUUGCAGGGACCAUUUGCCCCAUUACAUGGCUCCUAAAACUGUCAUUUUUCAAGAUAUGCCAAAAACUUCAACAGGGAAGAUACAGAAGUUUGUUCUAAGGGAGAAAGCCAAGGCUUUUAGAGGCAACCAAGCAUAAUAAAAAACUGAGUUUAAGGGUCCUAUCAUCCUCUUUUAUUUCUAUCAUCUCUAUUUUAAUCCUCUAAACCAAACACAACAUUAAGAGUGUCGAUUGGAUCAUUUUUCUUAACUUUUUCGGUCGGGUCCUCUAUUCUCUGCGAGUUCCAAUCUUUGAACUUUUGUUUUUGACAAAUAUUGUGGCUAAAACGUGGAUCGAUAUUCUCAUAUUCUUA